AUGGCAGGAGAAAGGCUUCGCAUAGGAUACAUUCCUGAACAUUUCUCGACACCCUUACACUUCGCUAUCAAGCAUUUCGGCCUCGAGGCAGACAUAGAGCCGUUUCCCACCGGUACCGGCGCUCUCACAGCAGCUCUGAAGGAAAACAGCAUCGACGUCGCAAUUGGCUUGACCGAGGGCUUUGUGGCGGACCUAGGAAAGACAAACGCAAAGAAAGAGACACCUUCAUAUAAACUGGUCGGAACCUACGUUGAGAGUCCGUUGUGCUGGGCUAUCAGUGUAGGCAAUAAAAGCUCGAUCGAUAGUGAGGAUGCUUUGGACGGCAAGAGAGUUGGCGUUUCAAGAAUCGGCAGUGGAUCUUAUGUAAUGUCGUACGUGUUGGCAGACCAGAAGGGCUGGCUGGAGAAGACAAAGUCACCCUUUGAAGUUGUUCCUCUGGGCGAUUUCAAGGCCCUUCGAGAUGGGGUUAAUGCGGGAAACAAGGCCGACUUCUUCAUGUGGGAGCACUUCACAACCAAAAAGUACUACGACAACGGCGAGCUGAAGCGAGUAGGCGACAUCUACACGCCAUGGCCUAGCUGGAUGAUUGCAGCAAGAGACGCCCAAGAUAAGGAGCUCGAAGUCAUGGCAGAGAAGCUGAACCAAGGAGUCGCGUGGUUCCGCGAGCACCAAGAGGAGUCGGUCGCACACAUCACCGGUACAAUGGAGUAUUCACAGGAAGAUGCCAAUGCGUGGCUCAAGACUGUCAAGUUCGCAGACGAUGUCCGGGGUGUCGAGUCAAGCGUAGUGGAGCACACAGUCAGCAUCCUACAGAAGGGCGGUGUCUUGGAUGAGCGAAACGGUGGUGUAGACGGCAUGGUCGCUAUCCGCCGUUCUGCAAGAGGUCAAUGA